AUGCUGAUAAACAGAUGGCGGUCCAAAAACGCUGAGGACCAGAGGACCAAGGAGGAGAUGACUGAUCAGAUGGGCAAAGGCAAAUCCAGCACCCACUGUCUUGAGAAGCAGAGGACAGAGGAAGAGGUGAAUGUAUCUAUAACAGAUUUGACUGACCAUAUCGCUGAUGAUGGCCAGUUGACAGAUGAUGAGGGUGACCAUUUUGUGGGAGCAGAUCUGAUAAGUUGCCUUUCCAACCAGAUGACUGCGUACAUGGAUGAUGGCCAAUCAAGCACCGAGAUGCAUGUGUCGAGGAUGAUGGACAAAGGCAAAUCAAUUAGUGAAGGCAUGUCAAGCAUGGAGAAAAGCAAACCGGAUUCAGAUGCGUCGAGGAUGUUGGAUAUGAUGAUGCUGGAUUCUGAUGAUAAGAGUGAGUCGGAUGGUAUGACCAACUUGUGCAAAUAUUACAAGAUGCUCGAAUUUGAGGGUGAGAAGGUGUUGGGCAAGAUGACUGCGGAGAAUUUAAGGAUGUAUUACAAAUUUCGUACGGAGCUAUUAAAGAUGGAAGCCAGCUCUCGCGAGUUCCGGGAGCAGAAUGAAAAGGAUGACCUGAGGUGGGAGCAGGAUAAGAAGGACGCAUUGAGCUGUUGCAGAACAGACCCGACCCCCUUCUCACUUCAGGACGCGGUUGAGGAGGAGGGGGAGGAGGAGGAGGUGACAGAAUUCACAAAAUCAGACAAAGAGGAGAUGGAGACGGAGGACAUGUUGUUUUCUGGAAAACGUAAAGGCUGGGAAUCCGCAUGGGGAUGCUGUGGUGAAUUUGAAGACAGUACCGCAGUGAGUCCUAUGCACUUUACACAUUGCACGCCGGGACUGAUCCCGUACGCCGCUCGCUCUGUGAGCACCUUGCAGAUCUACUCCUUAAAGAUUGUUGGAACAGAUGGAAAGUUGAAGUUACCACUCCAUGUGUAUGGUCUUGUUGCUGCCCGGGACACCGUGGACUACAACCGCAACAUUCUCUUCUUUAGGCGAAGGGAAGACUGUCAAAAACUCACUCCAGAGGAUCCAUUUUUGCACUUGACUGGCCCGUCCCGUGCCAUCGUGGCUGUGGACCAUGUUGACUUCGAAGUCCAACUGAAAGUAAAGGGUGCAACAAGGUCCAGCGACAGAGCAUUGAUCAGUCGUUGCUGCACUUAUGCUGGUGGUUAUCAUGAAGGUUUAGAUACCGCUCUCUUCAGCAACUGCUUUUGCAUGGUAGAGUUAAGCUUGGAGCGACUCGCAAAGACAGUCCAGGCUACCAUCUUAAGUAUCCGUGUUGUUGAAGGCGGACCUUGGCCUUUUGAAUAUGGUGGUCGGAUUGUGUGCUCCUCACCACCACAGGAAGUUAUGGACUCCCUGGCCAGGCAAGUUGUGUUGGUUGAUUCUCGUUCUUCUGAUGGUGGAGAAAUGCCAAUGGGCACAGGUGGCUACCUUGAUCUGUCAAGGCAUGUUGUUUCUGUAGAACUGGAAGAAAGCCUGCAAUUUGUUAUACAAGCCUACUCGCAGUCUGGUGAUGCUAUUGCUAGACAAGGUCGUGUCAAGUUCAGGGCCGAAUAUUGCAACGUAAGUCGAGGUAUAUGUGAGAUUGGUGACUCUAAGGUGGAGAUUACUGUUGCUUGGUCCAAACUUGUUACCAAAAGGAUGGAUAUCCUCUUAGAAGGACAUGUUUGA